ACAUUAAAUAUAAAAAGUUUUUAACAUGAAGAACAUCAACAUGCAAUACGCUUACACAAAGAAGCGGCUAGAGUUUGGGAGGCGAUGUAAUUUUACUGACUAUCAAAAGAUGGAUGUUGACAUUAAACCCCACGUAGGAUACAUGAAUAAUUAUAUACACAUAAAUCCUGUGACCCAGGGUACCCAGUGUGGCAAGAUAUACUCUGUUCACGAGAUAAACACGAAUACUGCUACGUUCAAAGAUAGCGGGAUGUACCACGCGGAAGGUGGAUGGCCGAAAGAUUUAAACCCAAAAGACACGGAGCAGACAGUGAGAUACAAGCGUAAAAUAGAGAAAGACGAGCUGUAUAUUCAUACGAUGCUUCAAUUGUUACCACCAAUGGAGCAAUGCAUACUGCAGAAUAAUGCUUGCAACAUCUACGAACAAUACUUUAGCGAUAUGGAACCGAUCUCUUUAAUACAGCGAGUGUAUUCGCGUACAGUGAAUGUGUAUCGCGACGUCUUGCCCAUAAAAAGACAAAUAACUCAUCUCUCUUGGUCCCCGGAUCAAGGAAACCGUUUCGCAGCUAGUUAUUGUAAUACCGAUUUUAGAAUAGCGAUAAACGAUAAUCCGCAGUCUUAUAUUUGGGACGUAGAAAAUCCAAAUAAGCCCUGUUCAAUCCUGAAACCGUUUUGUCCUAUUUUAACGUUGGAGUACAAUCCCAAGGACAGCAAUAUACUGAUUAGUGGAUUGCAGACUGGUCAAGUGGCUUGCUGGGAUAUUCGGAAAGGGUCUGAGCCAGUCGAGAUAAGUUUAAUCGAAGCUAGUCACAGGGAUCUAUGUAACGAAGUCCUAUGGAUAAAUUCGAAGACUGGUACCGAAUUUUUCAGUGCUUCCAAAGACGGCCAGAUAAUGUGGUGGGAUAUCAGGAAAUUACAGUCACCUACAGAGACGUUAGUAAUAGACCUCUGUAAGCCCGAUAAUCAAGAUAUUAAUAACGCGGUCGGGAUCUCAGCGUUGCAAUUUGAGCCAUCCAUGGGCACGCGUUUCAUGUGCGGACUGGAAAAUGGUAUAGUAAUAUCGGGAAAUCGCAAAGGGAAGACUCCGAGCGAGAAGAUCGCGACCAGAUUUCGAGCACAGUACGGGCCUGUGAUAAGUUUGGAGAGAAACCCGACGUUCGUUAAGAACUUUUUGACGGUCGGGGAUUGGACAACGAGGAUCUGGUCUGAGGAUUGCAAAGAGUCUUGCAUCGCUUGGACACCUGGUCAUAGAGAUUUCUUAAUCGGAGGUGCAUGGAGCGUAACGCGAUUUUCAGUAUUUUUCCUGAUAAAGAUGGACGGAACGCUGGAUGUUUGGGAUUUGUUGAUACAACAAGAUUCGCCAGUACUUAGCGUAAAAGUUUGCGACGAAGUUCUGACGCAUAUAAAACCGCACGAGCAAGGACAAUUAGCGGCGAUUGCUAAUAAAAAGGGAACAACAUUUUUAAUCGAAUUCUCGGAAGCGUUAACGACUAAUCAGAAAAAUGACAAGCUGUUAUUUACAGCGCUUCUUGACAGAGAAACGCGCAGAGAGAAGGUGAUAGAAGCGAAAAAUAGAGAACAGAGGUUGAAAAUGAAAUCUCUUAAGAACAAUAAUAUCGAAAUUGAAUGUCAAUCGAAAGUUGACGAAAAGGAUUCGAAGUCUCUCAAUCCAAAUGUUAAUGACAAUGCGAUAUUAAUGCACUGUGAAGAAGAAUACGAAAAUGCCAUAAAAGCAGUAAGUAUAUAUAUAGAAAAUGAUUCUGAAACAUACAGAAACCGAAUAAACCAUUUUCUCAAUUGUACGCGUUAUCAGGAACUAGCAAAAGAAGAGGUGACGAGUAAUGGAACGAUAGAAUAAUAAAAUGAACAUUUAAACAGGACUUUAAUCAACCUUUUCCUGUCCCGUUUUCUUUCGGUCGAAAUUCUACAGCGAGAUUCACAAUUCUUAUAAUAAUCGAAACGGAGACAAAUGAUAGAAUUACAGUAUUCGUAUGAUGAUUACUGAAUCUCGGUAGUUUAAAUAAAAAUUCAGGUUGCUUCGUAUCGAUUAAUGAACAAACUAUACCGAAACGAUAUGUUAGCUGAAACUGUUUUCCGAUAAAUUCGAACACCUGCAGGUAUCAAGCCAAACAUGUCUCGUACUAAUUAUACACUUAUAUGUACUUUAUAAUAAUUAAUAUAUGGGAGUGAACGUAUAAAGAGUCUCUAAUAACUCGCUCGACUAAUCAAGAGCAGUGAACGAGUAUCGGUGGAACUUAACAACAAGCAAGAGAAUCAUAACCUAAAGGAAACCAUUAGGAAGAUGCUAAGAGAAAACGAAAUGCGAUGCAAUAAGUAGUGUUCAUAUGUAAGAUUGACGAAAUCGACGUUUCACUGAAUUCCUUUUUGUUACUGCACAAUUCGAUUUAACAAUAAUUUAUGCAGAGUUUGAGCAAACUUAAAUAAAAUGCUUUACUUCUAAAGAUGUAUAUUUCAUUUGCUAUACCUACACUACGUUUUUCUAUUAAAUCCGCUUACUAUA